UAAGUUUUAUCUUACAAUUAUUUAGUUCCUGAAUAUUGAAGCCGUUGCUUAUUAAUGAACACAGGUUGGCUUGACUCUAAAGUUUCUCUCCCUGAAUAUUCAGUGCCGUUUGCACGAUUGUUUGGUCUGUUAAAUGUACUUUUUUGGAUAGAGUUAGCCCUUAACAACUCGCGCUGGUGUAUUUUGUACACCAAGCUCAGUUACUUUUCUCCAGCGUCUUUUACUUGAACCUACCGACAGCAUCCGCCAUCUAUCCUCGGCUUGAUGUCGCAGUGUGCCCCCAGCCCCAGCCGGUUUUAAAUGAGUGAAUGCACAGUCACAAGCUCCAUAUGGUGCAUUUGGUACACCGCGCGAGUACUUCCGUAUGUAUGACAACGAUGAGAUCUUCUUCUUCUUCUUGCAGUGACUUUGUCUUCAAAGAACGUUCAACAACUGAAGUGACGUGUGAUUCAUGUGCAACACCUGCAGCGGAUGAAAGUGUGACCGGUGACCAAUGAGCUCUGGAGAAGUGGAUCAGGUUUAUCUUCAGUGUCAUUUAAGAAAUCCGUUUGAAAAACCCUAAACACAAUGUCCACAAAGACGCCCAGCAGUGUGAAGAAAGCGUCGGGCAAAGCAAAGCCUGUGCAGAUAAAGACGUCUUUUAACAACCCUUAUGAUAUAUGCUGGAGUCCCCUUGAAAUGGAGAACAUGCAUUACAUCUUGGAGAUCCUGAAAAAAAGGUUUAAAGAAUUAGGGCUGCAGAAGAAGGAACCCCCCACAAGACAAAGGAGACCAAGGAUUCGUACUAAAGGUCAGAAAGGUGAUAAUAAGGACUCUGAAGAGGCUUCUCAGGAUGUAAUGAAAGAGGUGCCAGUGGAGAGUUCAGAAGUGGAACAGCAUCAAGGAUGGAGUAAUUUGGAGGUGCGAAAGCAGCUGGCUAUAGGAAUAAAUGAAGUAACUAGAGCUUUGGAGAAAGAUGAGGUUGGCUUAGUACUGGUGUGCAAAUCUGUGAAGCCUGUUCAUAUGACAAACCACUUAAUUCAGCUAAGCUGCAGCCGGGCAGUGCCAGCUUGUCAGGUUCCCCGUCUUAGUGAGAAUGUGUCGGCCUUUCUGAGUCUAAAGAGUGUUUUGGCACUUGGUUUUAAGAGGGAUUCUGAAAGUUUUGUUGACGAAAUCAAUGCUAUAAUACCUAAAGUGCCUUCAUUAAAGGUCCCCUGGCUUGACCAAACAACACCGCAGCAGGAUGUCGUGCAGAAAGAUCCUGAGACACCGGCAGAGGAAACGGUCCAGUGUGUGGCACCUGAUAGAGAUGUGAAGCUGCGUGGCAGUCAAAAACGGAAGAGGGACGAGGUAACGGACACAAAGGAGGAUUCAGACAUUAGCCAAGUAACUUUACACCCCCUUAAAAUAAAGAGGGUGGUGGCAAACCCUGCAAAGAUUCGCAAACAGAAAGGCAACAAAAAAAAGAAAUAACGUGGUAUUUUAUCUUGUCAUUACUUGCAGCCUGUGUUUAAUUUUUGAUGGUAUAAUUGAAUUGAAUUAAAUUUUUAUUUUGAAGAC